AUGGAUUUCCCCGGAGACGUCGAGGAUUUCGCCCUCGAGUUCAUCCGAGAGCACCUGCUCGGCGGCGAUGCCUCUGUCCCCGUGCGCGUGCCGGCCAGCCUUGAGGUCCCCGACUACGUCACCUUCCCCGUACCGCCUCCUCCUGCGGCUGGAGUACCGGCGGUGGUGUACCCACCCUCCGUGUUCUUGCCACAGCAGCAGCAGCAGCGGGGCUACGUAGACUUAACGCCACAGGAGGAGUACGUGGAUUCUGUCCAGGUCGCUGAGGCCGCGUUCCGCGAGCCCGAGCCGGCGGCCGAGGUGAUGAUCAUGUUCGGAGGCGAGCGCUUCCCUGUGAAGCCGUCGUCGAUGACCGUCACCCCGCCCCCGAGCUCGUUCGGCUGGGCGCCGGCCGCGGCCGCGGCCACUGGCGCCGUGGAGGACUUCCGCAAGUACCGCGGCGUGCGGCAGCGGCCGUGGGGGAAGUUCGCGGCGGAGAUCCGCGACCCGAAGCGGCGCGGGUCGCGCGUGUGGCUCGGGACGUACGACACGCCCGUGGAGGCCGCGCGCGCCUACGACCGCGCCGCCUUCCGCAUGCGCGGGGCCAAGGCCAUCCUCAACUUUCCCAACGAGGUCGGCUCCCGCGCCGGCGCCGAUAUGUGGGCUCCCCCGCCGCCAACGUCGUCGAAGACCGCCGCGACGAGCAAAAGGAAGCGGCAGCCGGAGGACACCGCCGACGUCGUCGAGGUCACCGGAGUGGCAAACAAAGCUGCCAAGACCGAGGCGCCGGCGUCCUACUCAUCGUCACUGUCAUCCAUGUCACGGGACACGACGAUCACCUGCACGUCGUCGACGGAGAUGUCGACCGAGUCGGAGCCCACGAGUUUUCCGGUGACGCCGUCGAGCGGGAGCUGGGAGCAGUACUGGGACGCGCUGCUCGGUGGCCUGCCGCCGCUGUCGCCUCUGUCACCGCAUCCGGCGUUGGGGUUCCGGCAGCUCACCGUUAGCUGAAGAAUUGAACGGUGAUUAGCUGGGCUCACUAAUAAUGUAUUUUUCGUUGUUAACGACAUGUUUUACCUUGGACAGUUUUUUUAGCUUAAUAGCAGGGGGUGUAUGUAUAUAUAGAGUAUAGACAAACACGCCAACAGCUAGAAGGGAAAACAUGGAAUACAAUGCCAAGUCAUGGACGGUUUUCUUCAAAAAUACCAUGCGUGUAUGUAGG